AUGUCGUCGUACAAUAUGGGCGGCCGUCGUAUGCCGCCAAAUGAUCAUUUUCCUCCUGCACAGACAUCACAUCCCGGACCAACCAACUCAGUCUCCUCCUAUGCCCCGCGGCUUCCUCGGUCUCAACUUGCAAGGCCAACCAACUAUACAACGAGAACUAGUCGGGCGUCUUCUCUAUCAGCCGCGGAAGACUCCCGUUCAAUCACCGCCUUGCCACCAAUGUCCUAUCAGCUAUCGAACGAUUCGAAUCGGCUGUCACUGUUACCACGCCCAAGCACCGGUGGCACAGGAUCAUCCCCGUCUCCUGCAUCGACCGUAUCGCCCCACACCCCGGCUUCAUCAAUUCCUUCAUCUCUCUCCGCCUCCGAUCUAACAACUCCUUCCCCAUUUGCAUCAAGCUAUCAAGCGCUACCCGCCAACCCACCCAAACGAGCACGCAAUGUUCUUCGCAGGAAGGCACCAACAAUAGGGAGACAUGUGGAGCAGAAUCAAUCCCAGAAGCUUAGUUUGGUCAUUCCGCCAACCGUUCAACCUGUCGACCUGCGAGAGCCCAGAUUGCCCAUCCUACCAGAUACCUAUUCUGCGGAAACUGCAUCAUCGUCCCAAAGUACGUCAGGUAGGAUGGAUAGUAGUGCUGUGGACGCUCCAAGGACCCAGGAGCCGAUAGAACUGGCCAGUUUUCGUACUACGGUCGACACUCAGAACUUACCACCGUUUCCCGUUCCUUACUACCCCUCUGCGAGUACGCCAUCAACUCGUUACUCGGAGUCUCCAGGCAUGUGGAGCCGGGGUUCGACCCCGACCUCGUUAUCGUCUUAUUCGCCAGGAAUCAUGCACUCGUCCAAGAUUGUACGCAUGAGACAGCCAAGCCCGUCGCAGACCCGACAUCCAGUAUUUUCGCCACCACCAGUGCACGCAAGCCCCCAAAGUGCUCAGGUUGAAAAAGUGGAUUCGAAAGUUCAACGGUCAGGGCUUCCCAAGAAAUCACUUGGACUUGGAUCCGCUACGAUUACAACUGGCAAAACUCAAUCCAAUGUCAAAUCUACUCCUGGCAACAUUCGAGGCCCUCCUCACAGCCCCCCACCGAGGAAAUCAUCCGUCAACUUUAGUCCACCCAGAGAUGCUCCUUCGAAGAACCCUGAUAUAGACAUUGAUCAAGCUAGGAAGGAAGUCGAGGAGGCAGAGCGCGAGCUCUUCAACUCGCAAAGACCAAGAGCGCCAUCAAUUUCCGAGACAAGCGUGUCCAAAGUCCCACACACACCUCCGCGGCCAAGCCGAGAGGGCACGCACCGUUUGGAUCUGGAGACAUCCCCUGUGAUUCAAAGCAAUCUUCCUUAUCUCCGGUCGACUGGUCACAAGCGACGUGAAUCUAUGGAGAAGAAUCGGACUGCCCUGUCUCAGUCUACCGUCGCUUCAACGGACUCUUUGUUAUCCAAGGAUCUAUCUCGGAUUCCCUCGAGAGAGGCCGGGUCUCCAGUAUUGACACGGAAAUCGCCUAAAACAUUGACCAAGGAGCCUCCAAAGGAGAAGCCAAAGGAGAACCCCGACUUGAAGAAACCCGCGGCGCAGAAGAAGUUUGGCCUUUUUACAAAGAAGUCAAAGCCAGACCUUGAUACUGGUUCUGAUGAUCCUGCUCGACAGACGAGGAAAGGACCUGCUGCAGGAACCGGCCAUGAAGGAUAUGGGAAGUAUUCGCAACGCGGUAGGAAAUCAAGUGCCAGCAGUGCUAGUGGCGUACGGACCCGGUCGACAAGUACAACGCGAAGCACAUCCCGUUCGGUCUCAAGCAGCAAGAGGAGUAUGUCGUCUAGUCGCCCAGAUCUCGAAUUGGAUGAUUUUCUCUCAAGUCGUCUCGAGCCCGUUUUUAUCAGCGGCGGAGGCAUGGACGGUGCGACCCUCUCCCGAACCGUGAGUGAACAGAGCAUCAGCAGCAUGAGUGUGACGUCUUCGAACCUGCCUCGCCCGACUCCUCUCACCUCUUCCACUGCCCAAUCAACUGAGUCAUUGGCAACUUCUACCGGUACUUUUGGUGAUGCCGGCCCACGCAGCGAGUCGGCAAAUAGCCUGGGACCAAGUAGGAGCAUUAGUCCGGAAAAGAAUAAGAUACCUGCCACCCGUCAACCACCAAAGUCUCGAAUGCCAGUUCCAAAAGGCAAGAGAACAGGAUUGUACGCCAAUUCAGACGCUACGACUACCAGCACAUCGCUGUCUAGCAAUACCUCAAGUACUGUUGUUCUGCACAGACCGAAAGCUACACCGGCUACGACUACCACACAAGAGGAGCCCGCAAAGCCUGAACCGGCACAACCGAAGAAAGGUAAAUUGUCUCGAUGGAACUUGUUCCAAAGGAGCCGUGUCAAUGAGGCAAGCACCGCUGCACAACCUGCCGCCGGUCCUCCCUCUCACACCGCACAGCUUCACGCUGCGAUUUCUCCGGUGCUCAACAGCCGUCCCGUCGCCCACUAUGCUCUCAUUGAUGCAGACUCAGACGAGCUCGACGACAUUCUCAAUCAUGUGGAAGACUCGCCGCCAACAGAAGAAGAGCAGUACACUGCGACAGUCGAGGUACCUGCAAGCUUGAACAUCAAAAAGCGACAUCCCUCCAUCUUACUGCCAUCACCCCCAAAGAUGCACGGGGAGUUUGAAAGAGAUAACCGGCCCUCUCCAAGAACUGCUAUGUUCAAUCAAAAUAUGAUGAACGCAGAUCCUGAGAGCAGCCCUGAAGAUCGUCACCCGAGACGGCUAGCCUCUGUGGGUCGAAUACCGCAAGUGGUAUCAAGACGUGAUAGACACCACAGACCGGCGAUGCAGUCCUUCUCUCGACCUUUCAGCACGGCUGAAUCACCGUCGCUGAUGGCGCCAACGCCAGAGGGUACAAGUGAUUACCCGGGACUUGGUGGGAUUCCUUUGGCGGACGUCCCCAGCAGCAAGCCAGGUGAUUGGGGCUACGGUUUCAACCCAGCAUUUAGUGCCCCGGAGGCAGCGAGUGCUUUGGAAUUCCUUGCUGGCCCUUACCUAGCCAGCGAGCUCAUCCACUUCUCUCCACACAAAGGCUCUCCUUCAUCAGGUAGUUCUAGCGCUUUGGCGGCCGUCACAGCUGUGGUGCCCAAGCCUGGCACUGCACCAACAGAGGACGAAGUAUGGAACGAGUAUGACGACCUGAUUGACCACGUCCUCUCUCCCGAAGAAUUAAAACCCAAGGAUACUGGCAAGACUGAAGAGGAUGACAGAUUUGAGAUGGCGACGAUGGCCAGCAAGGCGUUACAGGAUGAGUUGAACAGUGACAAUUUCCUUCAGCCGCCACCAUUUUCUUCUGCUGGGGCUUCUACUCGUGAUAGCAGUGAUUCGGUCCAUCUGCGUCGAUCGAGAAUUGUUUCAGCCUUGCAUUCCCCGAUUGCACCAUCGACACAAGCAUCUUAUAGCAAUUUGAUUGCAAGCUAUGGUGACCCUGAGGUCAUGAACAGCCCUGCAAACCCGGCACAACCUCCUUUGGACCCCGUCCAGAAGCAACAGUCUACCUUCCUCCAGUCACUUGCUGCCACGCCUGCGCCGAAACAAAAAUCUGCUGAGCUCAAAGAUUUUCCAGGAUGCUCAGAGCGUGAGUGGGAUGCCGUCACCCGGACCAAUAUGCGAUCUGCAUCCCUCAUGACAAGUCGGUGGUUAUCAUUUGGGCGGGUUCUUUUCAGUCCAGCACACAAUCAUGUCAAGUCUGGUACACAUGGGAGAAUUCUCGUGAUUGAUGGACUGGGCAAUGACGACUGGUCGUUCUACUGCUCGUUGACAUACCCGGACGCCGAGGUGUACAGCCUGAGCGGACGACCAGUCUCGACCGCAGUUCCCCAUCCUGCAGCAUGGCAGCCUCCGACCAACCAUCACACAGUGUACCACGCUGGACUCCAGAAUCCCCUGCCCUUCCCGAAAGACUACUUUACCGUGGCCGUCCUGCGUUUCCCCGCAGCAAGCUCCGAGGCCAUCCAGGGCAACAUCGUUCAAGAAUGCCGUCGUGUUCUUCGCUCGGGCGGUUACAUCGAAAUGAGCCUUCUGGACCGAGACAUGGUCAACAUGGGUGUCCGCACUCGCAAAGCAGUCCGCCGAUUGAAAGAAAUGACUUGUCUUGCCAAUUCAAGCAUCAGUCUCAAACAAACCAGCGACAGCAUUCAACGCUUAGUCGGCACCCAGGGCUUCGAUAAUCUCCGUCGCUGUAUGGUUCGCAUCCCUGUCGCAGGAAUGGUCGUCAGAUCCUCCGGCUCCACGACAUCCUCAUCAAACAAAUCUCUCUCUGCCUCAGCCACGACUCAAUCAACUGCGUUCUCGCUCCCCGCCGUCUCCGUCUCCACCGCGACGGGUAGCCAGAGUACCCAGACAGCAUCCGACGACAACAUCUCCCUCUGGGACCUCCUCGCUGAUCCCUCCCCAUCAGCCGCCAACGACGAGUCAAUCGCCAAGAUCGUGGCUCGCGUUGGUCGCUGGUGGUAUACUAAAUGUUACGAAGAGCCGGCACUCCAUGCUACUGGCGACAACGACCUCAGCAUGUGGAAUGAUCGCAAAGUUCUGCGCGAGUGUCAAAAGCGUGGAACUGGAUUCCGCAUGCUUAUCGCCUACGCACAGAAACCGAGUGAGAAGCGGCGCACUGCGAGCGUUUAA